GCCGAGUUGCUCGAGAACGACUCACUUGCAGAUGAAUCUUUCGGGCACAUCCAAUGGGUUCUCGCACAGAAAACCGUCUCACUCGAUGACUUUAUUGUCUUCAUACACGAGCUGUUCCAUAGCAACGGGAAGUACAACACCGUCUGAGCGCGCGAAUACGUAUGGUGGCAGUGGCAUACGCGGCAUACCAUGACGCAGCCUGGAUACGAUUUGAGCAGUAUCGUCAGCUGUUCACAGGUGGGCACGUAGUCUUUGGCGCGCUCCUGGCAGAAAUGCGCAGUACUCUACUUGAGAUGGCAGACAGCAAAAAGAUUCCCCACCCUCAUUCAUCUCAGACCGAGGCAGCCAGUGGCCAACACAUUGGCUCCAGCUACGUUCCGACCGCAUCGAUCAUCUCUAGAGACGCAGUUCGCACCACUACAUCACAGUAUGUGCCAGCUCACACGCCCCGCGCACCAAACGCCUCCACUGCCACAUCGACAGCCGCUCUGACUUUGGCCGGAAACCUUGGAGGUGCUCCUCAGUCUGCAUCACACCUGCGCUCAAUGUACGCGAUGCAAGCCUCUGGGAGCUACAGUACCAAUGCGCAGCCGGGCGCGCCCUCGCAAGUACCGGGCCCACAGGCGCAGAUGCCACCGCCAGUCUCAUUUUUUGGAGGCAACAAUGCCCAUUCAGCUGGCAACGGAACUCAAGGCAUCUUCAAAUUCGGAGCCUAGGGAUCUACACCAAGCUUCUGAGCGACACUGACAACCUCGCUUGCAGGGAGGGCUACGAGCGACAAGAAGCAGAAAUGGGCGUCAAAGAAGGCUAUUUGGGAAGCGAGCAUUGUAUGGAGCUGGAUUGUAAUACAAUUGAAGACUUGGUAAGCGUAGAAUGGGAUACAAAGUAUAACAGUUGCUGCUCCGAGAAAUCAGGCUAGAAUGCAGGCCCUUUACACAUAGUUAGCGCCUAACAGGACAAGUAGCCUUUAUAAAGA